CCUUACUUGCCUCAAUACAAUGAACGCAAUGGCCAGCCUCUCAACCUUCGUCAGAGGACGAACACAGCUACCUGCACCGCCAAAGCCAGACGGAAACUCACGGCCAGAGACGCCUCUGUUUUCCAGUCGCCGAUACUCUGGGAGUCGAGCCGACGCAGACGCCCCGGCCAGCAAUCCCCAACCUCCAGUAUCGAUAUGGCAUGCCCGCAGGCUUGGCAGUAUAACCAGCCCAAACCUAAGCCGCAGCUCGACCACAGAGCGAAUAUACCCUGCUGAAGUCGAGCAAAAUGGCAAAGAUAUCGACACGACGUCGUGGGAUGAGCGUAACCGCAACCUUCCUUCAGCCUGGGACACCGAUGCCGAAGGGAUUGACGACACGGUGAGCGAGCUACAAAUUUCUACCAGCGGGCAAGUCCAAAACGAGCAAAAUCUACAAAAUGGUGUUGCGCACGAAGACGAUAUCAAAGAGGAAGAGGACGAUGCGCACGUCCAAACUUGGCCUGAAGGGCUCCAGCCAGCACAUGAAGAGACAUUGACUGAAAGAAACGCGGACGACUACCACUCUGAGCAACCUUAUGACGAAUUCGGACCAGUGAAUGACCACAACGCCGAGACCGAGAUACCCGCCGACCAAUUCUCAGAACUCAUGCAGCAGGCUGCAAAUAUGAAUGCCAUGAUGAACGCGCAAGAGGCGAUGGGGUCUUCCCGUUUUGGGCAAUCCAAUUCAAACUUCUACUCCAAAAACAACAAAAGAAGCACAAACCAGUCACUGUAUGAGCAAAACCGACCAUACAGCCCUCAAGAAUCGUAUCCGCCUACUACACCAGGCGGAUCAGACGACGAGGUAGAGCUCGUGAGUGCAACCCUGCCAGAAAACACGGCAGAAUAUCAAAAACACACUGCUCCGCAAUGGACACCUCGGAAACGACAAGAUGCACCUGGCACUGCGCAGAAGGUUUACUCCACCCCGAAACUACUCUACGACAGACAAAGACAGCGUGGAAUUCCCAGAAACGACCAAUCCCCACAGCCACGGUCAAAGGCACAAUCCGCACAAGUUGCCGGCAGGCGAGGAGGCGGCGCAAACAGCCCUUUCGAGAGGCCUUCAAGUGCCAGUCUCCCUCUUCGAGGUCCAAUUCCAAAACCGCAACGAAACCACCACCGCGCGGGUUCCAUAACUCCGGAUCAGCAUCUGCCACAAUCCGCCGACAGCGCCUCAAUGGACGCUAGCGCGGAAAGCGGAGCGGAUGAUACGCUUCAAAGCCUCACGAGCCGCGCCGAUACAGAAGUCGAGGAGGUGAAAGAGUCAUUGGAUUAUGAUCCGUCCCGAUUCUCUGAGAUGGAUUAUUCCGAACUCAGAGACCAGCCGUUCGACUCGGAUCCAAAUGCACCUCCGUCAGUGUUCCCUCCCGAAAUGGAAGCGCAAGCUCUUUCUGAACGAAUCAAUCUCGUCAUUGCCCGACCACGCGAACAGCAACGUAGAUUUUUCUCCUCCCUCACCAUUGAUGAGUGGGAAGACUGUGGCGAUCUAUUCGUUGAGCGGUUCGGCGAGCUGAUUGCUAAAAUGAAGGACACCCGAAGAGCGAAGCGCAAGGCGCUCGCGGCUUUUGAGGAUGACAUUGCCGUGCGAGAAGAAACGGUCAAGAACAAGAAGAUUAGCAUUGAUGAAGCCCUUCAAAAUAUGCGCAGAGGCGGCCAGGACGUCUUGCGGGGAAAUGGAAAGGGAUGACUGAGCGGACGGGCAUGCAUUAACCAUUUUUUUUUGACUGCAGAUUAAUUGCUCAGCGUUUAUAGCAAGUGGCAUUUUUCUUUUCCAAUUGUAUUAUGUAGCUCAUUGCUGUAAUUAAACCUAAACAAAGAGCUCUAUGAAUAGCAGAAGAAGAAGAAGAAGCAAGAUACACCGC